AUGCGCAUCCUGCUCUACGUGCACGUGGCGGCCGACCACUACGUCAUCUCUUGCGACGAGAGCGCCACGCUAGCGUCACUCAUGGGUAUGGCCGAGGCGGCGUACGCGUCGGUCUUUCGCGCCAAGCCACCCGUGUCGAUCCGUGCCAUCACCAACGCGUCCGGGUGCUUCCUCCCGCCCGCCCUCGUGGUCGCCCAAGUGCUCACGCCCGAGGAGCACAUUUACGCCGUUGUCGACAAUGAGCCCGCUUACAACGACACCGAGCCGCCUCUGGACGCUUUCAAGCGGGCCGUCGCGUCCUGGUCGCAAUGGCAGCUCUACAUGGUGCAGCUGCUCUGCACCAUGACGCAAGACCCGGUUGUAGCGAUUCCCGACCUCUUGGCGUGUGGCGCGUUCAAGGUGCUCGGCUCGCUUCUCUUUUCUUCCGAUAUGCAGAUCUUGCGGCUCGCGCUCCAAGUGCUGGAGCGUUGCAUGUCGGUCGACUGUCUCAGCGCCGCCCGCCUCUUCACGCAGCUCCUCGCGACGAAGCGCUUGCCAGACGACCCGUUUGUGCCCACGACACUGCUGCGCCUCCUGCACACAUUUUGCGCCGAGAGCCGCGAAGCUCAGACGCUCUUGCUCGAAGAAGGCAUCUCGAGCCGGCUCCUCGCCCUCGUCGACUCGGUCAAGACGCCCGAGGCCGCCCACGCGAUUGACGCAACACUAUGUCUUCUCCAAGACUCUGCGCUACUCGGUCGCCGACCGCGCAGCAGUCGGUCCAACCAGUCAUCGCCGCCGAUGGCGCUGCAAGAAAUCAUGUACCUCUUGCACAGCAAACAACCCAAGAGCCUCGAUGUCGCGUCCAAGCAGCUUCUUCUCUUGGCCGCCACGGAAGACGACUGGGCCGCCGCGAUGGCAGGCUCGAGUUCCGAGCGAGCGAUCUUUACCGAGCUCUUGCACGUGGCAGGCAGCAGCUUUCGCACGACGCAUACCGUCCACAUGGUCGUACUCGGUCGCUUUCUCUGCGUGAUGCAGUCGGUCGCUGGCUUCUCGCCAAGCGCUGUGCUGUCGGACCCCGGCGCCAUCGACUACUUGCUAUCGUUGGCCAGCGCAUCCUCUACGUACCCAAGUGAGAUCCAAGCGCAAGCCGCGCAGCUCCUUCGACUCUCUCUAAUGCAGUUUGGCGAGUCCCGACACUGCAACGGUCUUGUCGCGAUGCUUUGCAACACGACGCCAACAGUCCGCGACGUCGCUACGGACGUGAUUGCAUUGCUGCUGGAGCGCGACGAGAGCCCGGGCAUGAAGGAGUUGCUUGUGCACCGACUGAUGCAAGAAGACAUCCUGGCGAUUUGCAUCGAUAUGCUGUAUGCCCCGAGCCAACGACGCCACAUGCUCAGCGUCCUCAACGUGGUGCUUCAGGAAGGAGACGCACGGGACAGAGUCGUGGAUCGGUUUCAGUGCGUCUCGCUCUUCGUCUCGCUGCUCGUCGACGCGUCGUUGGAUGUCGACGGACAGCGACUUGCCGCCAAAGCGCUCGCCAAGCUCGCGCUCUCCACGUACCAGCAUAUCAAUAUUGCGAAAGUCUCAUGA